AUGAUUCUCAGCCAAAUCGCAUGGGUGGACUGCAUUGCUUUCCUGAUUUUUCUUGCUCCUCAAUUACUGAUCCAUGUUGGCAUCUUCACGACAUUGGCAUGCGGCAUCAAGGCGUUACCGUUCCUCGGCUUCAGAAUGCCAUUGGAGCUCAUUCGUGAACGAUACCUGACUCCCAAGGAGAAGCGGUCUCCGUUUGUGCAGCGAGCAACGCUCUUCCAAGACGUUGUCAUUCGAUGCGUUCGAUAUGCAUUCGCUGACAUUCCGUCCAUUGUUGGCAAGGUAUUCUUCUCGAAAUGGGUGUCGUUACCAUUCAUGAAGUUCCGCAUGCUGAGACACGGCAUCUGGAAGAGUCCUAUCUACUGGCGUGAAGUCAAUAGAGAAGGUGUGAAGGGUACAUAUGCCAUCUGUGACAGCUCCCGACGGCCAGACAUUGUGCUCUACUAUUGCCAUGGUGGGGGCUUUUCGAUGGGAUCUUCCUAUUUCUACCUGGAGUUCCUCAUGGCGUGGAUGACACUGCUGCAGGAGGCUGGCUACGACAAUCCGGCCAUGUUUGCAUUGGAGUACACGCUGGUCCCGGAGGCUACAUACCCGACACAGGUGCAGGAAGCUCUUGCUGGAUACAAGUAUGUACUAUCCCUGGUCAAUGAUUCUUCUCGUAUAGUGGUCAGCGGUGAUUCUGCUGGCGCAACGCUCAUUCUCAGCUUGAUGCUCUGUAUCUCUGGCUACUCUUCGAUCAAGGACAAGAUGCCUGGGCUUGCUAUUCCAAUUUCUCCAUGGGCCACGAUCAUCUCGCCAAAGAACAAGAACACACCGUCCGACUACCUCAACGCCGAAAGUCUGCAUCUAUACGGAUCGCAAUACAUCGGCAAGAACGGAUCACAGGACAAUGCGCUAGUGUCACCAGGACGGUGCUACGACCAGAGUUGGUGGCGACGUGCAAGCCCAAGUCGUGGCUGGUACUUCAUCUACGGUGCCGAGGAGGUCUUUGCGCCAGAGGCCAGGGAUCUGAUUGCUCGUCUGAAGAAAGCUGAUCUCGAGGUUACAGAGCACGAGGAACCUGGCUGGAUUCAUGCAUGGCCUGUGGUCAAACUGUUCCUGUGCAACAAUCAGGACGAACGACAGAGCGGUCUGAGACGCAUGGUCAAAGUCAUAUCCGAGCGCAUCGAUAUUCAGAAGUCUAAGUAG